GCGACGCGCGGGGGGUGGGCGCCGCGCGGCAUACGCGGGGCCAUCUUGCUAGCGAUCGUCGAAUUGCUCGCGUCUCCGACACACAAAUCGGUUUUAAUUCGCACUAAUUAACAGUUAAACAUAAUAAAAACAAUAUAAAUAAGUGUCGUAACACGUCUAAUUAGUGUAUUGAACGUUGUGAUCCGAAACAUUGUUGACAUAAAUUGUGUGUUGUUGUUUUAUGUGUGUGUGCAUUCCAACUGUCUAGAAUCAAAAAUUGGAUGAGCAUUAUGUGCUAGUGUGUGAGUGAGUGUAGUGUAGUGUAGUGCUAUGUGUUAGUGUACAAAACAUGAGUUGUGGAGUGCGAACACAGGCGGGGCCCUGGAUCUGAAUGAUAACUGCCGCUAAAGGCGUGUUAUGGAUAAGGAAGGGCCGGAGGGCGAGGCGGGGAAGGCACCCUCCGAUGGACUGCUCGACGCCGCUAAUUUGUUCGGUGCAUACUGGGGUCGCGAUGGCGCUAGCGGCGGUGGCGCGGCGGCUGCGCAGGCGCAGGCACAAGCCCAGGCGGCUCUCUUCGGGUUCGGUUCCAGAUACCCGCCCCCCACCACGCUGGGGGUCGCGGCCAACCAAGCUGCCUCCCUCGGCCUCCACCCUGCUGCCAGUGCAGCAUGGUGGUCGAUGGCGUCCCACCUGGCUGCGCAGGACUACCUGGCGAGGUUACAGGCCUCAGGCCUGAACUUCCCUCCUCUCGCAGACCCGUACGCUGCCCUCUCAGCCCUCUCAGGCAGUGGAGGGUUGAAACAGCCGCAAAAACCUGGGAAAUUGUCUAGUCGGAAUGAGAGGUCAGGCAGAAGCAGUACAUCAUCAGGCGCGUCCACGAAGGACAAGAGUCCAUCGACGGGCAGCGCCAACUCACAGAGCAUGAGUGAGUGGGGAUCAUCAUACGGUCUUCCGAAAACAUCAUCACCAUCAGCGAUGCACCAUUCCCAGUCACUGUCCAGCCUGGCCUCGCUGAACAGCCUCGUGGCUGCUCCUCAUCAGAGCAAGCCCAGCAACAAGCCAGCCUCUACUCCCCAACCUUCCAAAAAGCCAUCCUCCUCGUCGUCAUCGUCGAAGGGCAAGGAGCGCGAGCUGGCCCUGCUGCGCGGCGACCUCAUGCUGGCGCAGGCCGCGGCGCACGGAGCCUACCACGCCGCCGUCGCUGCCGCCGCCAAGGGGAAGAACAUGUCUCCCCUGUACCCGUUCGGCAUGCCGGGCGCGGACAAAGAUGGCCGCCACGCCGGCAUCGACUCCCUCACCGGCCUACCACACACUAUACUCAGUGCUGCUUUAGAAGGAGGUGAUCCGUCUUCAGUGCUGGGUGGAGUCCGCCUGCCUCCCGACACGGAGAUUAUAAAGUACACCUCCUCCUUGGCUGGGCCUAAGGCGGGUGCCGGCACGACGACCCGAGGCCGCAAGAAGACGAUCUCCCUGGACCCGCCGCACGUCAGUGUACACCCCGCCGAUAGAAACGCACCGCUACCCAGCAAACGGCCUAAACUUGAUGAGUACGGUAACUCCCGCUCGUCAGUGGAAGUGAUCCGGCUUCCGACCAAACCGGACCGAGCCGGACACAACUCGCUGUCCGGCACGCCACCGCCUAACCUAUCCGAUUAUGCAGGUAUAUCUCGUGAGCUCCUGCAAACCAUAGCUAGUCAGAGUGGAGUGAGUCUGGCUGCGCUGGAGAGACAGCUGGCGGGCUCUGCAGAGGCUGGACUGAACUUAAGCACAAAGAUGGGAGAUGACUCUCCCCUGGACCUGGGCGUCAAGUCCUCUGUCGUGGAUGAGGACGCUCCACUCAACCUCUCAUUGAAACCUACUCCUGCGAGUUCCCAAGCAUCGGACGCUCUCUCGCGACUGACGUCACUGAGCAGCUCUCUCAACGCGUCCUCCAGUCACGAUAGGAUAUCCCGACGCAAGCCGGGCGCUAAGCCUCGUCGCGUCGCCCCGGAAUUGAACCCUGUACCCGACGCACCGCGGCCUAAAUCCAGUGGAAGCGAGGACAGUGAAUCAGUAGCGGGCUGGGCAGGGCGGGAGGGUCGGCCUCGGAACCUGGGCCGCGGCGUCAGCAAGCCCAAGAAGAACACGGUCGCCUCGCUAUUGGCGCAGAGCAGGGCGCUCGGGCUGCGGCCUGCGCUCGCGCACCAGUUGCUGGCUGAGACUGAUUUGGAGAAACUAAAAGCCCUGCUGGGCGAGACGGCGAGCACGGACUCGGAGUGUCCGUCCGACAGUUGUCCGUCCGACUCGGACGCGUCCGACACCAGUCGGAGGCCCAACGACGCACAACUACGGCUGCCGCUGGCUUUGGGUUGGAAGCGUGUGACAGUGAUAAAGGGUCUGUCGCGGAACUGCAGCAUCAAGGGUGACGUCACGUACUCCCCGCCCGACCCCCACGCGGGGAUCACCAUGCGCUCGCUACAUGAUAUACAGAAUUUCCUGGAAUCGAACCCGUGCCCGCCGCUGUCGACGGACAACUUCAGUUUCUCAGCGCGCACCGUACUGGGAGAGUAUAUCCAGCCCGCCAGCGAGGUCGGCGAGCCUCUCAUAUACAACGAGAAUGAAAUUAAUAAGAGACUGGAAGAAGCCCGCCUGCUAUCGGGCGCGGGCGGGCGGCCGACCCCGCCGCCUUUAGACCGACGCAUGGAGCUCGCGCGUCUACAGCAGGCCGCCAGGGAUGCGAGGAGGGAUGCCUCCAACCGGUCGAGGGAUCAGGCUCGCCUAGAGAGAUCAGAGAAGGCAGAACUAGCGAAACGUGAGAAAGAAGCGAGGAGUCAACAGUUGCUCGAGCAUAUCAACAAGAAUCGAACGCAGUUGACGAUCGAGCCCCUCCCUACGGUCACAAAAACCAUGGACGAAUGGAAAACCCCCGAAAUAGUGAUGGGACCAGCCACAAAGACCAGUAAAGAGCGAGUCAUACCCCCAAUAAGCCUUUCCCUAAUCCCCGUCACAGGGCCAAAAGACCAAAACUCCCCAAUAAAAACCUUAAAAUUCGACCAAUCUGGGUGGAAAGAGGAAUAUAACGCACUAGACAAAAUGAAAGACUUCGCUGAAAAAGCGGCUUUUGAUCUACCAAAGCGAAAAGACAAAAAUUAUGAUUUCACCCUUGUAAAAUCAGCUGAAAAGCGCUUGAAAGCGCCCGAGAAAACGAAUAACCUAGAGAAACUAAUUGAAUCUUAUUCUAGAAUAACGGAAUUCAUAAACGGCUGUGAUUGGUCACAAAUACAAGGGGAUAAAAAGACUGAAGACCCUAAGGCUAUAGAACAGAAAUAUUUGAACGCGAAAAACGAAUUUAUGUCCCAAAAUCUAAUGUUGAUGCCUAAAGAGAGUCCUAAAUCAGUGCUGAAAGAGGUCAUCGACCUGAGCGAGGACGAUGAUAUACUAACAGAUAUAAUGGCAAAAAAAAUAAACAAAGGCACGUUUAGUGUGGGGAAAGACGGGGCUUUAUCGAUAUCGGUACAUCCCUUGAGCAAGGAAACGAUGACAUCGGCUAAGAGAAGGAAACACGAGGAGAUUGAGAAGCAGAAGAUAGAAGAACAGGCUAAACGACAACAGGAGAGAGAAAUAAAGCGGCAACAGGCCAUACUGCUUAAAGAACAGCAAAAGUAUAUAACUGAGGAAAGAGAACGCAGACGUCAGCAUACUUCCUUCAUCCGUCAACUGGACUCCCGUAGGAGAUGGGAGGAGAGGGAGAGGAGAAAGCACCAGAACCUGCUGGACAGGCUCCUGGUCAAGGAGAGGAAGCUGCAACAGAGGAGGAGGGAGAUGGAACUGCUGUCUGAGUUGAGACGGCCACAAGAAGACUCCUCACUAUCGGACCAGAAGCCGCUGCCGGCGCUACAACGCAUCCCCGGCCUGAAGCUGCCCGCCCAGGCCAUGGCGGACCUACUGCAGGCCUACGAGUUCCUCUACAACUUCGGAGAGGCACUUGGAUUUGACAUGGACACCAUGCCGACCCUGAACACCCUGCAGAUGGGCAUCCUGGGCGACUGCACCGAGGAGUGCGAGGAGGAGUUCAUCCAAGUUGUGUCGCAACUACUCAUCGUUGCCGUGGAGGACCCGGGUGUGCCACACCCAGGCAGACACACGACGCUACUGGGCCACGCCAUCCGUAUGAGCGAGGUCACCCAUCAGAACUUCAGCGAGAUCCUCAGGAUAUACCUGUAUGCUAACGCUACCGGAGAAGUCAAGGCACUGACAGGUUUGACGGCAGAAAGAGAGAGAGAGCGUCGCGUAGCCGACCACCACCAGACUGAAGCUGAGAUGCUGCAUACUUGCGCCAACUCUAAGAACUCCGCCUAUUAUGAGCAUCUACACAACAAUCCUACUUAUAAAUUGUCCGAGGAACUACGCGACAAAUCGUACGCGGCGCUGAGCGCGAGCACGAAGGCGCGCAUAUUCGCGUACAUCUGCGACGAGCUGCUGCAGAACAAGAAGGUGCUGAGCAGGAUCGACUCCUCGCUGGAGCACCUCACGCAGCUGCGCAAGGAACGGUACCUCAUGGAUAUGAAGAUACGGAAGGUCCGAGUCCUCCAAGCCCGCAAGGCGCGCGCGGAGCAGGCAGAGAGGUCGCAGGCACUCGCCCUGGAGCGCAUGCAGAGGCUGGUCGAUGACUCCACCAGGACCAACACUCCGCCGCUACAUGAUGACGAAAACCAACAAACUUCAGAAAAGGAAGAAACACCGAAAAAGGACAAGGAAUCCUCUCCGCACCCCGAGAGCGAGACAGACAAACAAUCUGAACCAUCCCCUUACAAAGAUCCACCCCCCACUGAGGAGAGCGACAAGGAAUUAUCGCCCUUAAAGGAUCUCUCCAACAGUAUGAAGAACAAAGAGAUUAUGAAUAACAAUAAGGACGAAUGUUCCCCGGCAGAUAACUCGAAGAUGGACAAGGAUAGCAUGAUUGGUGACUGUGAUGCCAAUUUGAGUGAUUUGGAGAGUGAAGGGACGCAGCCUGAAGAGGACGAAGACAAGAACCUGUCCUCUGAGGAACUGGCUCGCAAGCUGGACAAGCUGCUGAAGCAGUCCGAGCAACAACAGCUGCAGCUCGCCGCCGCUUCACAUGCACUGCGGGCUACUUGCUAUGGACAGGACAGAUACUGGCGCCGCUACUGGUCUCUGGGCCAGUGCGGCGGUAUCUUCGUGGAGGGCAUGGAGUCUGCGCAGCCGGAGAUCAUGGCCUACCACCAGCAGCUGGAGACCAACGCGCUCAGCGGGAACCCCACUGACGGGAACAAGAAGAAGAAGAAAGGUGCUCGAGAAAAGAAAGAAUCACCAUCUUCUGAUUCAGAGAAGCGAGACCCAGAGACAGAAGCGCAGAAGAAAGAAGAAGCUCUCAAGAGUGAGAUGGAGCUGAAGAGCAUCAAAUCGGAAUUGAACCUGAGCGACCACACUCAGAUUAUUAAAUACGAGCCCAAUGUCAAACAUGGCGCUUGUAAAGUUGAAGGCUCAUCAAUAAAAAUGGAAGAAAAAUACAUUCAACAAAAGAACAACGACGAACAAGACAUGUUAGACAUAGAGGACUCAAUCCCAACCGCCUUCUUAGUACAGAAACCAACACACAAGCCCAUGUUCGCAGCCCAAGCAGAACAGAUGGACAAACCGCAGGAAAUCGUCAAAGUAGAGAACGUAGUCAAAAAUGAGAAUGAGAGUGAGAUCGCAGAAGAAUCUAAAGACUCUCUAGUCAACAAUCUAGAAGAAUUGAGAAAAAUGGCCGAAGCCGUAUCCAUACAAUUAGACGCAGCCAAAAAAGAACAAGAAAUAAAAGAAGAAAAGGAAAAAGUUAAGAAAGAGACACAUGAUCCUUCUACAGCUCAUAUACAGUUAUACUCUAAAAUGCUAGACGGAAAAUGGUUCUCAAUUCUGAGACAUGAGAGUUCAUUUUUGAACAACAUCAAUGAUGAGAAGCAAGAUUUGCCAGAAUUCUGUGAUAAUGAGCAUACAUGUUCUGAGAUUAUUCUAUGUCAGGGCCAUAAAUGGGAUGUAUCUAAUAACUUGCAUUUGUUGAACGAUCCGAGUCUAUUUACCUUAAACAGUAUGGUGACUAGCGUCCAAGUUCCUUCGAAUAAUAUUUAUGCUGACUCCAGCCUGACAAUGUCUGGGUUAGAUCAGGAUGUGAUCGACAAUAGUUUCAACAAGGAUGGAAGCGUUCAAGAGGCGGAAACUGAAGAGGAUAGUAAGGAACAGGACAACGACUUAGAAAAAGAGCUACAGGCAGAUGCUUUGAAGCAGGACUUGCUAACUCAGAAAGCUAAAGCCAACAGCCUGAACAGCCUCGGGCUGCUUAACUUCAACGCUCUAUCCACGUACGUGACCUGUGACAGUCCACCGCCCAUACAGAUGUCUGCUGAAGAACUGGAUCAGCUGGAAUACUGCAAGGUCCACGGACUGCCCAAGAAGAUCGAGGGGAAUUAUGUACCCAGGGAUAUGAGACACGGCUGGUGGCGCAUCACGGAGCCGGACCAGUUACGAGAGCUGAUGGACGCUCUGCAUCCUCGAGGAGUCAGGGAGCGCGAGCUACAUGCGGCACUCUCGUCGCAUCUACCCGUCGUUAAUAAUACGCCAUACAUAGACAAGGGAGACCUCACAGCUACAGAACUGACCCUGUCGCACCUAGACCGGGUGAUUGCCCUCAACGGGGGCAUCGCGACCGACACGGACUUCUCGCCCAUUAUACAAAGGAGGAUAGACACGCAACUACUUAAUAUGGUGGAAGAAUUAGAGGAGCGAGUAGCAGCGGCAUCAAUGCAGGUAAAGGGUUGGAGACCAGGUCGCGCUGGGUCUGAUGGGGCCCCGACAGAACCUGUUCCCCGUGCCAAGCACAAGUUGCAGGCGUUAGAAGCUCACAUAGAGCGGAGGUACCUGAAGCCUCCGUUCGUCCAAAGGUACGCUAGCACAACGGAGGCGACAAUAGGCGCAGUGUUGCAAGCGGAACAUGGCAACACGUCGGCGCCGUCGCCGCAGAAUACUGAUGGAGCUAGCGAGGGGAAAGUGGACAACAAAGGCAUAGCCCGUGGCCUAGCGAACUGGCGCGAGGCUCUAAGCAGAUGCACUACAUCAUCACAACUGGCCAUGAUGCUGCAGGCCCUGGAGGCAGCCAUAGCCUGGGACAAGAGCAUCAUGAAGGCGAACUGUCAGUUCUGCCAAUCCGGUGACAAUGAGGACCAACUACUGCUGUGCGAUGGCUGCGACAAGGGAUACCACACGUACUGCUUCAAACCAAGCAUGGAUGAAAUACCUGAUGGAGACUGGUACUGCUGGGAGUGCAUCAACAAGGCGCGGGGGCAGCGCGUGUGCAUCGUGUGCGGCGGGGCCAUGUCCGCCGCGCGCACCAUCCCGUGCGCGCUCUGUGCACGCGCCUACCACCAGGACUGCCACUACCCACCACUGCUCAAGUAUCCAAGACCGCCGGCGUACUGUUCCCAGUGUAUAAAAGCGCCGCCGAAACCUGCCGCGCAACUCAAGAAACCUGCCAAGCAUCGGGACCUGAACACUAGUCUAGACAUAGACCAGAAUAUGGUGCCUAGUCCGGCCGCCUCCCAUGCCUCAACAUCUACGACAGCGGAGGAGUGCUCCGGCAGCGCUCUACACACGCCGGAGAAACAUGACGACAAGCUGGACGAUACCUUGCAGGACAACGAGAAUGGAAUCAACCACACCGGCGAGCUGAGCUCCGAGGAGGGUCCCCCAGAGAAGCGCCGCGCGGUGCACUAUGUCGGCGGGAACGGGGCGCUGCAACACGAUGACACUGACGGACAUAUUGACGGCGAAGACCGAGAUACGGAGAAUGUGCCAUUAAUGUCUCGCGCCAAGAAAGAGAAGAAUUCUGCCAAAAAGCUGCUGAAAGAUCUACAGUUCUGCAAGAACCUCCUGUGCGAGAUGGAGUGCCACGAGCACGCCUGGCCGUUCCUGCUGCCGGUGAACACGAAGCAGUUCCCGCAGUACAAGAAGGUCAUCAAGUGCCCCAUGGACCUCUCCACCAUCAAGAAGAAACUGCAGGAUAACACCUACAAAUGCAAAGAAGAGUUUGCUUCGGACGUGCGUCUCAUGUUCAGCAAUUGUGAGGUGUUUAACGAGGACGAUAGCCCAGUGGGCAGGGCUGGCCACAACAUGAGGCAGUUCUUCGACGACCGCUGGGCACAGAUCUGAUCCCAAACCCCCCAGUGGGAGGAAGACCCUACGUAUCCCACCCACUAGGUAAACAUACAAAGACUAUUGAGAAAUUGACAAUUUGUCAACUCAUUUGAUUAUGGUAUUUUCUCUAAUAACUGUAUAGGGAAAAUUGUGUAUUAUAAAGUCGGUAAAUGACUACAAAACUACGUAUUCAAUCCACUAGGUAAACAUACAAAGACUAUUGAGAUAUUGACGAAAUAAAUUGUUUUGUCAACUCAUUUGAUUAUGGUAUUUUCCCUAAUAUGUAUGCAGGGAAAAUUGUGUAUUAAAAUGUCGGUAAAUUACUACAAUACGAUACGAUUACUAUAUAGUAUCAAAUAAAGACAGGAGAUGUGUUUUUUUGUCAUCAAUGUUGACUAUUAAAUCAUUGUAUGGUAUUUUCUCUAAAUAUCUUAUGGGAAAAUUAUUGGUAAUGAAUAUAAAUCGAUAUGAUGACUAUAUUGUAUCAAAUGCCAAAUGUUUUGUAUUUAUUUCUAUGCGCAAAGUUAGCGCAAGUUUGCGCAUUUCAAUACUGAAACAUGUUUUAGCGCAAAAUAAACGAAACACUUUACUAUAUAUACCCUUUUUGAAUUACAAUUCCUAAUAUAAAAGAGAACAAAUGGAUUUCUAUUGAAUUUGGACGUUAUACCCAUCAGAAUAAAGUCCAAUUUUGUAAUAGCAUAAUAUGAAAGUGAUAAUGAUCAAAGGUUGUAAUUAAUGUUGAUAAGGACAUGAGGAAGCGAGAUAGGAAUACAUUUGUCUCUUUCUUUUGUACUCAUACCCCUGUUUGUGCUAAACCAUGCGUGAUUUUAUGUUAUAUUGUAAAAGGCAGUCAGUGAGUGAAAGAGAAAGCAUUAUAAUUGACUUAGUAAAGACAGAGAUAGAAAUAUAUGGCCUGUGUUAAAUAGGUAAUACUUUAGAAUGAAAAAUCGAUUAAUUUAACCCAGUGACGCUUAAACUCUUUGCUUUUAAAGUAAAAUUGGAUAACAAUAGUUAAAUUUUAACUAUUUAUUUUUUAUUGUAUUUGAACAUCUAAACAAACUACUUAAAUGAGAACAAAAAUAAAAAUAUCGAUAGUAAUAAAUAAAUCUAUCGAUAAGUCGAUAAAACUGAAUACGACUCUACGUAACUUCCAUUCCAGAUAACGAAAGAAUUCCAAAAAAAAAAAAAUAUUUGAAAUUUAAAUAAAGAACCGGAUACGAAUAAACAUUCCAACAUUAUGACGACGACCGGACAUGACGACAAUCGCGAAUCUCAUAUUUUGACGUAUGAAUAAAAAAAAAACAAUGUGAUUAAAAAAAAGAAAUUUCUUUUUCGAAUAUUAUAAAGAAAAAAAAAUACUAGCAACUUGAUGAUGUUGUUCGAUUGUACCUAGUAGCGUGUAAAUAGUAGUCGGUAAACAAUAAUUUAAUAUUAUUAUAUAAUUAAUUAAAUAAUUAAUUAAUUAAAAAAAGUAUUAGAAUGAGAUAUAGACGUAAGAUUUAGUUUAGAAAUUUUUCAAAUAUUAUUUUUGUAAUUUGAGCUUGCAACGAAGCAGUAUUUGAAAUAUAAAAAUCAGCAUUUCUUUCUUAAUAGGACAGCUGUGUAAUUUACUUUUGAUUUAAUACAUAAUAUAAAAAUUACAUCACAUUUUUUUCCGAUGGCAACCGAGUCUCCAAUAUUGUCGACUAUACUGCCAAAAACAUCACAUUGACAUAUAAUUAGACUUUGACAUUGACAGUUAAAACUAUUUGACACAUGACAGUUGCUGUCAAUGUCAAAUGAAAUUGUAAACAUCUCACAUAUAAUUUGUAUAUAAUAUUUUAAUUUUAAUAAGAUAUUUUACAUUCUGUAAACACAAUUUGAAAAUUACUAUACUAUACAAAACAAAAUACGUGUAUAAUUUUCACAUAAGCGCGGCAAACGAAAACCAACUUUGUCUUAUUUAAUAUAUAGUUCAAAUUAAAUCAAAAGUAAAUUACAUGUAGCUCAAAAAAUACUCUUUAUUUACCCAAUUCGUCGGCCAGUUUGUAGUCAAAAUAAAAUAAAUUGUACAAUUUUAUCGGUUUUGUGUACAUUACUGUGGACAUUAUCUGUCGAACUUUUUGCAUUAGGCUGAUGUAGGAAUAACUAGCUUAGGAGCUAUUUUAGUGGACAUUUGUAUGUAUUUUCAACAAAAGUUCGCUAAAUAACAGUGUUGUGUAAUGAGGGGAUCACACUUGACCACGUUUUUUUGGAAAUAUUUUCGAAAAAUAGCCUGUUUUUCGAGUCACAGUCGCCGCGUCGUGUGUUAAUUUAGUAUGUCUCACGAAAGUUAUAAGUAUAAUUUUGUUCGUUAUUUUACCAAACACUUGAUUACAAAAAGUGAUUUCAGUUAAAUAUGACAAUACUAACUGCCGUACUCAGAAUUUUAAUGAUUGCUUAAACCAUUCCUUAGUAACGAUAUUGUAUUGAAAACUAUUGCUAAGGACUGGGUUGAGUAACCAUUAAAUGACUCUGAGUACGGGUGUUAUAGCUUUUUUUAAAUUAUAUUGUACAUUUAAAUAAUAUAAAUGUGUUUGGACAAGCCUAAACAAUUUUGAUAUGUUUUUAUAAUUAUAUUUUUUGUCCAGUGUCAUUUCAAAGGCUAUAUUUUAUUGUUUUAUUUUUCUAAUUUAUCUUCAAGUGUGAUCCUCCCAAAUUUUAAUAGUAACGAAGUAACGAUUGUAGAGAUUUUGAAGCAGGGAGAUUCUCUAUGUGAUUUAUGAUUUACUAUGUAUCUAUGGGACAUUUAAAAAUACGUAUUUUCAAUCAGAAACUUUUUAAACCUGAAUGACAAUGAUGUUUUUUUAUAUUAAAUUAAUGUUUUCAAGAUAUUUUGCAAUUAUUUUUUAUAGUAAAUUAUGGUUAGACCAUUUUAUUUGUGUCUUAAGUUAAGUUAUGGUCAUAAUGUAUUCAUUUCUUCUACAAUAUAACUAUGUAUUGCAAAAUAAUAUUGUAUUAUUCCUUUAGGAAACAUGGCAAUUUUGUUUACAAUUCUGGUUUAAAAUACGUAUUUUUAAAUCCAAUUUUUAUCUCGAAUCCAAUGUCCAAAGCUUGAUCACUGAAAUGUUUCGCUCUAAACGAAAUUAAACUAUAAUAAGUGUCAAAUAAAUUUCAAAUUCUUGUAGUCAAAAAUAUAUAUUAAUUAAGUAUUAAUUAAUUAAAAAGCGAUCCAUUUCAGUGAUACAAGUCUUACUUAUUUUAUUUUUUAUCUGUGUAUAAUAAUAAAAAAAUCAAUAUGUCAGUCAUUUGUAGUCUAUUAGUCUCUUUUUUUUCUUUUAUUUUUUUUUAUUUAUUGUCGCGUUAUUUAUUCCCAAUUUGUGUUGAAAUGACAUUUUUAAUGAUGGUUUCAGACUAGUACUUACGUGAUACGCAUGCCUAGACCGAUUUUAUAAUAAUUUCGACAUACUGUUGUCUUGCAGACUUAAUUAAUAACAAUAGCAAUAAAAAAAGACGUAAUAAUUAAUAGAAAUUCUGAGGGAAAUAGAAUAGAACAUAUUUUUAUACACAUGGACAAUUCUCACAAGUUUUUUUUUUAUAAUAAUAGUGCAGGUUUAUUGAUGAUAAUUUUAUCGAUAUUUUUUCCCCUGAACACUACAACACUAUGUCGAAAACGAAUCUUUAUUUUAAAUAACUGAAGAGUAUUUAGUGAAAGUAUUAAUUUUAGUAUAAUACUUAAUUCAGCUUUUUAUAAUUAAAUAAUUUUUACUCGUGAACCAUGCAAGCGUCACACUGGACUUUUUAAAACUAAAUUAUUGAGUAUUUAGCGUAUGAAACUAUGUAUACUGUACCUUUAGAGUAACACGUAUUGUAAUACCGACCUACUGCCAUCGAGAUAAAGUCGCUUUUGUCACAAAACGUGUUCCCCUAAAGAUGAUCUUUCGUCCGCGAGGCGUGAGUGAGAGGUUCGAUAUUCAGACGUUUAUGUUGUGUGCAUCGGUUGAUUUUAAUUAUAAAAUGGAUAUAUAAAUUAUAUAUACGAAUAAAUAAAUAAUUUUUGAAGCA